UUUAUUUCAGGCAGACGUAUUGGAUGCAACACCUGCUACUACUCAGACUAAGAAAGAUAAAGCAGAAGGACUGUUGUCUGUCCAAAAACGCUACUUAUGUCUGCCUGUUUACCUGAUUUAAUUCAACCUGCCAGUGAGAUCGAUACAUGCAUUUGAUAUCUUCGACACUGCAAUGCCGGCUCUGGCCCAGGCUGCAGCCAUGCCUCUUCUGGAAGAGAACACACUGUCUGAAGAGCACCCACCUACCCUCCCCGUGGUCAUCAUAGGGAAUGGCCCAUCAGGUAUUUGUCUGUCCUACUUGCUUAGUGGAUACAAGCCCUACCUGGACUCUGCAACUGUUCACCCAAACCCGAUUCUGUACCGGAAGCUGCAGGAGGCCAAGCACCUCCCUAUCACAGAACAGGAUAUGAAAUACUUGAGUGAAGGUCUCGAGGGACGAUCAAGGAAUCCCGUGGCUGUGCUAUUUGAUACACUUCUACACCCCAAUGCUGACUUUGGCUAUGAGUUCCCACCAGUCCUCAAGUGGAGGAGAGACAAGCAUCAACAAAUUCCACAUCUUGUUUUGGGAAAGGGAACACCUGGGGGUGCCUGGCAUGCAAUGGAAGGCUCCAUGUUGACUGUUAGUCUUGGCAUCUGGAUGGAGCUUCCUGGAGUCAAUUACAGAGACUUAACCAAUGGGAAACGAAGAGAUGUAACCAGUGACAGAGCCACCCCAGAGGAGAUCUCAUCCUACUACAAAGACUAUGUGAAGCUAAAGGGUCUGCAGAAGAAUUUUGUUGACAACACUUAUGUGACCUCUGUUCAGAAACUUUGCCGAGGGCAUGAGCAGGAAGGUCUGGAAAAUGGGCAAGAAGAUCAAAGGGUGGUUGAUAGUGGGAAUGGGCACUUUGAGGAGAAUGGCAAAGAGUGUGAAAACAAUGGAGGAGGAGGCACACUCUGGGAGAUCAGGGGUUAUCGACAAGUACAGAGCGACACUCAUGUCCCCUUCUCCCUGUUUGCUGAGAAUGUCGUCCUGGCCACUGGUGCAUCUGAUUCUGCAGUCAGAUUAGGUGCAGAGGGUGAAGAUCUACCUUUUGUGUUCCACAGCAUCUCAGACCUGGGUUUGGCUGUAAGCCAGGGAAAACUGGAUGUGAACUCUGAUCCAGUUCUAGUUGUAGGUGCUGGUCUAAGUGCCGCUGAUGCAGUUCUAUGUGCUCUUAACAGCAACAUCAGAGUGCUGCAUGUUUUCCGGAAGAACACAGACAACCCAGACCUCAUCUUUAAGCAGCUUCCCAAGACCCUGUACCCAGAAUACCACAAAGUGUACAACAUGAUGUCUUCCCAGACCUGUACCAAUGUGGCAUCCUUGUCCUCCUCUAACAGACCCCAGGCAGUUAGCAUUGCCUCUUCAGUAUGUGCCAAGAUGUGCCCUAAACCUCAGCUUUCUGCAGGGAGCAUUGCUGGAGGUUCUAGUAUCAGUCUCUUCCCUGAUUACACCAGUUUCCCCGAACACUGUGUGGUAUCGUUCCAGUCUGACAUGAAGUGUCUGCUACAAGGGGAUAACUCCCUAAAGGCCUUCAAGAUCUCAAUGGCCUUGGUGUUGAUUGGGACAAACCCAAACUUGUUCUUCCUUAAAUGUCAGGGCCAAUACCUGGGACAAGAUCCGACAAGGCCGAUCUCCUGCAAGCAGAAUCCCAUCGACAUCAACCCUUACACAUUUGAGUGCACCAAGGAGCCAGGGCUGUUUGCCAUGGGUCCGCUGGUGGGGGACAACUUUGUUCGAUUUCUGAAGGGUGGCGCUUUAGGCAUCACCUCCUGUCUGCUGAAAAGACUCAAGAAGAGAGGAAAGCUCAUCAGCAACGGAGGGAACAACUUCAUAUAAAAUUAUCAGGAAAACAUAAAUCUGCUCCUACCGCACUGGUUUCAAGGAGAAAAAAAAAAUUGGUAAAACGAAAGCUUUUCUAUUUUAUUUAUCAUUAAUACAGUGUUUUGCCAUUUAAGCUUAUAGGUUUUAUAUGUUCAUGAAGCCAAAAAGACAUUGGAUGUACACAAGUUUCUAAUGAAACAAAAUAUGACAGCUUUUAAGCCUUGUCUGACUUCAUAAAGUCUCUAUAGGUUCAGGA